UUUUUACCUUAAUGCAUUGUCUCCUACUCCAAGACACCCACGAAGACUUAACUUUCGUAAAAAGCCCCCACAUCGUUUUGAAAUAUUCUCCACUACUCGACCCUAUAAAAAGAAACAGUGGGCAAAUCAAACUAGCAGAUUUUGGACUUGCUCGGCUUUAUAACUCUGAAGAGAGUCGUCCUUACACAAACAAAGUUAUUACUCUAUGGUACCGACCUCCUGAGCUGCUGCUGGGGGAAGAGCGCUAUACACCAGCCAUAGAUGUCUGGAGCUGCGGGUAAGGUUCUGUUAAUACUUU